CAUUUAUUUUCGCCAUAUUUGCAAACAUAUAAUUUGUAUGGGACAUACUAGUUUAUAAAAUGUGCAGUUUAACUUAAAGAUAGAGUUUUGCAUCUGUGUCAAAGGUCAUUGCAGUAAAUAUGACACUGUUGUGACAUACUUUGUUACUACCGUACGUUAUUAUGAACCAGUGGUUAUUGAAGAAAUGUGAUUUUCAGGUGAUGUUGAGGAGUGUUUUCAGGUGCUUUCAGCAAAACUCUGUGGCUGGACAAAGGAAUAUGUCUCAGAGUAGCCUUUCUGGAAAGGUAGCCAUAGUCACUGCCUCCACAGAAGGAAUUGGUCUGGCUGCAGCCCAGUCUCUGGGAAAGAGAGGAGCCCAUGUUGUGGUGAGCAGCCGAAGACAGACCAAUGUGGACAAAGCUGUGGCUCUGCUGCAGAGUCAGAACAUCCAGGUGACAGGGACCACCUGUCAUGUUGGGGUCAGAGAAGACAGAGAGAAACUGGUGCAAAUGACUCUGGAGAAGUUAGGAGGAAUAGACAUCCUGGUGUCCAACGCUGCCGUCAACCCUUUCUUUGGGAACAUAUUGGAGUCAACAGAAGACGUUUGGGACAAGGUCCUCUCUGUUAAUGUGAAGGCACCCUUCCUCCUGACCAAGCUGGUGGCUCCUCAUAUGGAGAAUAGAGGAUUUUCUUUCAGAGGAGGAAAUGUGGUCUUCGUGUCGUCCGUGGCAGGAUACCAACCAAUAACGGGCCUGGGUCCAUACAAUGUCAGCAAGACUGCUCUGCUGGGUCUGACCCAGGCCCUGGCCCCUGAACUGGCCCAGAGCAACAUUAGAGUCAACUGUGUGGCUCCUGGACUCAUUAAGACAAGGUUUAGCUCUGAGUUAUGGAAAAAUGAAGCCCUCAUGGAUCAAUUCCAGAAGCAGCUCAGCAUUAAAAGAAUUGGAGAACCACAGGAAGUCGGUGAAGUGAUCGCCUUCCUGUGCUCUGACCAGGCGUCCUACAUCACUGGAGAAACCAUCACCAUCACUGGAGGAAUGGGCUGUCGGCUCUGAGUCUUCAGCACCAACACAGCCAAAAUAGAAAUAAAUAUAUGUAGACGAUAUAUUGUUUGUUGAUUACUUGAUUACUACCAUGAUAUUUGUCAAAGUCUGUGAGAAGACGUCGUUUUCAGCCAAUUAAGCCUUGAUUUUUAUUAAAAAAAUCCAACUUUA